AUGACAUCUCUAUCGGAACAUGAGCGCAAUGUGGUUGAGAGCCAUGCAUUGGGUGAAUCUCUCAAUCAUUUACUAGAGCCACUUCAGGAUGUAGAGCGUUCAUAUUCCCUGGUCAAUUCUCUUGGCGUCGCCGACGACAGGCCUGAACAAGAUUGCCAGGAAGCAGUAUCGCUUCUCCUUUCUGCUUUGAUAAACACAGAAGCAUCUCUAUUACUUCAGUCAAGGUUCAGCAGUCGCGAUAUAGCUUCUGAACUUUUCUCUCUCUCCCUGCGUGUCCGAAAAGGCAGCUUCUGCUACAACGACUAUCGCCCGCUUGUGAAGCUUAUCAUUCAAAGGAAUCCAAAUGCAUCCGACUACGACAUCUGGAGCGCCGUUCUCGAUCUCAUCGGGACUAAUUCAAGGACUACCCCUCCACCGCGCCCUGUCGUGAUCCUUCAACAAACACUCUCUGUGCGCAACACUAGCAGUUUCGCGAACUCGACGGAAUACCGAAAGGGUUGGCAGGACUGGCCAGCGACAGCAGUGGAAAAGGAAGUGCUGAAAUGGCUGUCACAGGUCAUCAAAAGUCUUGUGCAGUUUGCAGAGGCAUAUGAUGCAACUCAAAGAAUCAAUCGGAGGCCUCUAGCGCGACCUUUUCAGCCGUUGGAGGGAUCUAUCACAAAGCGAAAGCUUGAUAUCGGUUUUGUUGAUGAUAUAAAUGCCACUGAAUCCUCCAGAUGUCAUUGGUCUCAGAUUCUGGUGCCAGGGGAGCUGAAGAAUGAUAAGAAAUAUGACAGUCCAUCAAGCGUGUGGCUUGAUCUAGGAAGGUAUGCUAGGGAGUUUGUCUCUGUUGUCCUUGGGUUCCUUCUGAUGAACCAGGGGCAGCUUGGAUUCGACCCUACCAUCUCAUCACCACUUAUUGGCAAGGUAGUAGUUCUCACUGGCGCCGCUGAAGGUCUGGGACAGGAGGUCGUCGUUGCUUUUGUUGCCGCGGGCGCCGAGCGCAUUGCCAUAGUGGACAGUUCCAGUAUUUCGGAUACUCAUGCAAGGGCCUCACAAGUUGCCAGAGAGGCUGGAAGGCUAGGAGUGGAAAUACUAUCCGUGCAGUUUGAAGUUUGA